UGGAUACCUUAUUUAGCUAUUGAACUCGGCCUCUCUCUUGAGCAGAGUUUUGAAAAGUCUGAGAUAAGAGCAGACGAUGUCAUCUUCUGCCUCGACACAGUCUGGACAAGAGCGAAGCAUAUACCGUGCAGGCCCAGCAUACGGUUUGCAUUCCACUGUGCCACUCUUUUAGGUGGUAUUGGUGGCUGGAGACCAGGCAGUCUGGUGAAUAUCCGGUAUGAGGAUGUUGAGUUUGCAUGGGUCAGAGACUUGAAAAAUCUAUUGAAGACUUGGCUAGUGGUGUAUACUACCAUUCACUAUGUUAAGCAAAGGGCAGUUCGUAUUUAAAGAGAUUAGCGCUCC